AUGUUACGCACGUUUCCGCAACUCGCUCUUGUCUUGGCGGUCACGAUUAUUAGUAGUCUUGCUGUUAUACAGCUGGUAUCCUUUGUGCGUGACAUAAGAUCAUACAGCGACCUUGAGGCUCCCGGCGUAGCGUUCGUCCUGAAACCUGAUCAUGGAACCGCGGCAAUCUUCCUCGGAAAUGGCUCAUCUGUUGCUGUCGCGAGAGUUGAAGGCUCUCAAGCCUACAAAGACCUCAUGCUACGACAAACACGACUCUAG